AUGGACAGACCACGGCGCAUUGACGACCUUGCGGACGAAUUGAUCAGUCACAUCCUCUCAUUUAUCUUGGGAUCGGAACCUUCCUCUACCGAUACCUCCCCGACGAACAGCCACGUUUCCGACGUGCCCAAUGGCAGCUCCAUCAAUGCGCAUGGCGAAACGUCUGACUUGGACCGAUUCAGACUGGUGUGUACAAGGUUCAGGCGCAUCGCCACUCCAUGGAAAUUCCCCCGUUUCGUUCUUCGCUUUUCACGAGAUGGGUUUCGGAGGUUAGAGGACCUUCUGGACAUGCAGCUGGCCUGCCAUGUCAGAUCCUUCACGUACAUGGUGCGACCCUUUUACCAAGGAAGCGACUGGUCCCCUGUCUUGAAAGCGGUAGAAUCGCAGAACCUGGCAAUUUCACAAGUACAUAAGAGCCGGCGUGAAGACCAGGAAUACAUCAUCACUGGGGGCCAUGAUAUGCUACUCUUGCGCCGCGCUAUAUCUGCGUUCUCGUCUCUCCAGCAAAUUAAACUGCUUCGGUUACAGGACGGGGCGGACGAGCAAUUGCUAGAUUAUAUACGUGAGCAAUCUUCAGCAGAGACCGUUUAUUUGGACUGGGAGCCAGCUUGCACGCGGGCUGUCACAAGCCUAGCGACUUCUCUGUUAGAGUCAAACUGCAGUGCUAUUCGUUUCGUCGGGCCUCAGAUUAACCCAGAGUCCGCAGCGAAGUUAGCGCAGACACCUUCACUAACGCUAUCUACCUUAGGCGCUCGAUUAACGAGCUUAGAUGUCACAUUUCAUUCCUCCAAAGACAUGACGAGCAGCAUCAAAUCUGUCUCUAGCGUCUUCCAUGACUUCUUUCUAUCCGCAAAGAACCUGACGUCAAUAAAGUUAGUGGAAAAGGCUCCGGACUCUCAGCAUUCAGGCUGGCGCCUAGAUUCGGAAGAGGUUAUCUCCCUGAUCCGCCGACACAGGAGACAACUACGCGAUAUCGCACUAGCUGACGUCUACCUUCGCAAUGGGGGCCGGUGGCGGGAUAUCCUGUCCGUCCUGCACGACGAAAUGGAUCAAGUAGAAUGUAUUUAUCUACGAGACAUCGAUUACGCAGACCAUCUGGACUCGGACUCACCAGAUACCAAUGGCCAUGCCAGUACUUCCAGCACGUCGGUCCUCUCCGUCGUCCCCGAACCUACACUCGCCCUACCUCCUUACCGUACCAGUUUCACUGUGGAUUACCCGCCUUUCUCUCCCUGCGGAAGCACCCGACGUUCAUUUUCCGAGACAACUCUGGAGCGGUUGAGAGCACUCACGGUGGAUGACCUGGGGGACAAUGGAGUGAGUGUGAGACGCGAGCAGGGGUUGCUCUGGGAGGCGUGGGUACUCUCCAGCCCUCGAAACAUGUUACGACAACGGCAAUAA